AUGGUUAAUCUUUAUGCAACGAUAGCCUGUGGUAGUAAGCUAAAACUCGCAUUCAGAAGGCUCAAAAGGAGUUUUACGGGGCCACCUUACACGACGAAGCCACAUGGCGAGUUUAAUUCCUCCACUCAAGAUCCUAUCGCUUCUUUCGGAUAUGGGAGAAGGAUAUGCCCAGGUCGAUUCAUGGCAUAUUCAUCGGUUUGGAUCGGGGUCACCGGCAUUCGUACCACAUUUGAUAUCACCAAGGCUGUCGAUGAGAACGGCAAAAUGAGCCAAAGUAUGGAUACACUUCUGGAUUGGUCAGUGCACCCUUGCCAUUUGUAUGCAGCAUCAAACCUUGCUCAAACGAUGCUGCUAGCUUGAUCCACUCUGCCGUAGCACAAAUUGAUUAGGCGGAGAUAACUAAAGAUCCUAGUUGGGUUUAUCAUUUAUAGCCACCGAUUGUCUCGGUCUCCUGGUACCGCUGUUUUUCGAAUGUACGAAUCAUUUGCUAGGUGUCAAAACGCACCUUCC